UCUAAUAAUAAGUUAAUAGCGAUGUGUUUAUGUAACUUGAAACAUCUAUUUAUUUCAAAUACGCAGACUUCAUUACUUAGUAUAGUUUGGAUUUGGAAUGUCGUAAGUUUUCUGACUGUCGCUGCAACACCUACUUUGCUGACAAAUGAUUCCACUAGCACAAAUAUAUCCAGUUACGAGAAUAAAGAAAAUGUUUUGUUUAAUUGGGAAGAUUAUAGUGUACUAGCGGCAAUGUUAAUAGUUUCAUGUGCGUUUGGCGUCUUUUACGGAUUUUUUGGAGAGAAACAAACAAGUGGUGAUGAUUUUCUUCUUGGUGGAUCCAGUAUGGGAACUUUUCCUAUGACCUUAAGCUUGGCUACAAGUUUCAUAACAGCUAUUGAGUUAUUGGGAAACCCGGCGGAAAUGUAUAUGGCUGGGGGGCAGUUUUGGAUGAUUUGUACAACAUUUAUAUUCGUAGUACCUAUUGCGAGCCAAUUGUAUGUACCUGUGUUCAUGAGGCUUCGUCUUACUUCUUGCUACGAAUAUUUGGAAGUCCGGUUCUCUAAAAGUGUUCGUCUGUAUGCAAGUGCACUUUAUAUGAUGCAAACAGUACUAUACACAUCAGUGGCAGUUUACGCGCCAGCACUCGCUCUCUCUAAUGUGACCGGUAUGGACACCUAUCUGGCCGUAACGCUUGUGUACGUAGUAUGCAUUUUCUAUUCAUCUCAGGGCGGCAUGAAAGCUGUUAUAAUGACAGAUACAUUUCAAUCAAUCGUUAUACUGGGUUCUUUGGUGGCGGUACUGAUGCUAGGUGCGGCACACGUGGGCGGGAUGGACAUUGUCUGGAAUCAUGCACGACGCACCGACAGACUGCAUUUCUUCAACAUGAACCCAGAUCCCACGGUGCGGCAUUCAUUUUGGUCUGUGGUAGUUGGUGGCACCAUAUAUUGGACGAGCAUGUUCUGUGCCAAUCAAGCGACCAUUCAGAAAUACCUAUCAGUGGAACGUAUCAGUCAAGUACGAAUGGCAUUAGGUGCUUCCGCUGUUGUUCUCAUAGGUCUAUACAGCAUUAAUUUUGCUACCGGUGCUGUCCUAGCCCAACAUUAUGCUUGUUGUGAUCCAAUUCACAUGGGAUUAAUAAAUGCAUCUGAUCAACUACUCCCACUGUUCGUUAUACGAGAACUUGGUAAAGCCAGAGGUUUACCAGGAUUUUUUGUCGCGGGUAUUUUCGCUGCCAGCCUUGGAACUGUAGCAUCAGCUUUAAAUUCUCUGGCGGCUGUAGCGUGUCAAGAUUUUAUUAUAGGACUUUUUGGUAUUACACUACAGGAAAAUAAAGGAGCAUUGGUAGCCCGUUGGAUUUGUGUGGCGAGUGGAUUAAUAUCCUUCGCGCUCGUAUUUGCUGUGGAGCGACUCGGACCCUUACUGCAGUUGGCAGUUUCAUUCAACGGCAUGACGGGAGGUGUCUCGCUCGGUCUUUUCACUCUUGGAAUGUUGUUUCCUUGGGCUAAUUCGAAGGGUGCUAUUACUGGUGGUGUAUUGGGCCUACUGCUAGUGAUGAUAGCCGGAGGUGGAGCUCAACUGGCACAAGUACCGCCUUCGCGUCUCCCGUUUGCAACCGAAUGUUGUUCACACAAUCAUACAGAUUAUUAUACCACAAAACCCGAAGACGACGCGGUAUUUUGGUUGUUCCGUAUAUCGUACCUCUGGUAUUCGGGGCUGGGUUAUGCAACUACAUUAUUGGCGGGAUUGAUUGUAUCGAUAAUGACAGGCGUAACGAAUCCCUCCUUGGUUCCUGUAGAUAUGAUAUCACCACCUGUAAUAAAAUUGCUAACGUCAUUGCCCGUCAGUUUGAAGAAAAUGUUACGUGUGACAUCGCUUCUGCGCUCGGGCAGCAGGCGCAGUUCAAGUGUUCGCCCGCCUAAUUUGACCGAUAACAAAGAUACUAGACGCCGGCGAAGGCUUUCAGAAAUGGCAGGCGGAGUAUUCUACAGUGACGCGAUAACUCUAACAGGUGGUCAUCACAACCCAGCUUUAGACUCCGAAAAAUCCACCGAAGAAAAUCAAUUGUCCACGUUCAAACUAGAGCACAUUUCCGAUAAUAUCAUAGGUUGAGUUUUGUUUACAACUAUUAUUAAGUAUGUACAAUGACAUUACUAUAGUAGGUAUAUGAAAUAAAACAAAUUAUUUAAUAUUUAUC